AUGUCUAUCGCGUCACAACUAAAUACCUUUGUUCCUACUGUUAAUACCUCUCAUAUUGUAUCUUUUAUCUAUGACAAUAAUAAAGCUAAAUUUAUUGAUAGAUACACAUUACAUAGAGGUGCAUUAGACUCAUUAAAUCAUUUAUUUAAAAACCAUGAAUUGUUAAGUGAAUGGAAAGCAUCAUUAUUUGGAGAUGAGUCAGAACAGUGUAAUAGAGACAUGUUAACGGAUAGUCAAAAUAAAGAAUUAUCAAAAAAGAUAUCAAACUUCUUACCUUAUUUAAGUCAACACUUCUUAAAUCCAGAAUGUGGACCAAUUAUUGAAUACAUGAUUCGUGUUUAUUCUAUUAAUACAGUCGGAGCUAAUGAGUUAAUUCUUUCAUUCUUAUCUCAUUACCAAAAUCCAUUAUUUAUUCGUUUAUUGUCUUUAUGUAAACCAACAAUAUUUACUAAUUUUAUUAAUUUAGAUAGAAUUAGUAGAAGAGAUUUUGUUAUUCAUUUAACUCAAUUCCCAACUACACUUUCUACUUUAAUUAAUUUUUAUAUUGAUCAUCCUAUUCUUAUUCAUAAUGCUCGUUAUAGUACUUUUAUUUGUACUUUAUUAAUUAGUAUUGCUCAACAACAAAUUAUAUCUGAAGUUGUUUUAACUACAUUACUUUCAGUUGUUCUUCAAUUAAUUAAAUCAGAUUCACCAAAACUUACAGUUGUCGCACUUUCAUUAUCUGCUCAAAUUCUUUCAGUUCAUACUUUGUCUGAAUCUAAAUUUUCUUCAUUAUUAUUAGUCCUUCAUAAAUAUACUGCAACUUCACAUCCAAGUCAAUUUAUUUCAGUUUUAUGUAUUGGAUGUAAAUAUCAAUAUUCAAUGAAAAUAUUCCCACAACAAAUUCAGACAUUUUUAUUAAACUCAGUUCAAAUGGUAGUUUCUACUUUAAUAGCUUUAUCCAAGAAGAAGUGUGACUUAGGAGAUUUUGUUUUACUUUGUCUUCAAACAUUAAAUAAAGAUUCAAUCUCAUCAAAGAAAUAUACAGAGUUGUUUGGUCCUAUUGUUAACAACAUUCAAUUAAAUGAAAGACAUCUUAUUAUUAUUGUUAAACACAUUUUUGAUGUAAGUAAAAGUGUUAAUAAAGGAAAAAUUAAUUAUGAAUAUUUUAAUCUUCUUAAUAAUUUAGAUAGUAAAUAUCCACAAGAGUUUUCUGUUGCUAUUAAUGAAUACUUUAAACAACCUGAUGUUGCUAAUGUUGAAUUAGCUAAUCAAUUAAAAGAAAUAUUAAAUUCUUCAAUGAACAUGCCAUUGUUUGAAGGAUAUAGUUAUAUUGGAACUAUUGCUACAGUAAAGAAAACAGGAUUAAUUACAAAUGCUACAAUAGCCCAAAUUAUGACUGCAUUAAAAAAAUCAGGGGAACAAUUUGCUGAAGUAAAAUCAGUAUUAGUUCAAUUAUUUAAUACACCAAUUAAACACUCAUUUUAUAUUGAAUUAUUCAAUGAAGAUAAUUAUGAAAAAUUGAUUCCGGUUGUAUCAGCAGAAAUAGUAUGUGAACAUUUAUGUAAAUUUUGUAAAUUAUUACCAAUAGAAGUAAAUGAAGUAAUGAUGAAAUACUUAUCAAAAUUAGAAGUUCCAAGAAAAUGGAUAAAUGAAUUAUACGGUGUAUUUAUUCCUGAAAGAGAUAACGUUUUACAAACAUUAUAUAUUCUUGAUUUAUAUCUUAAAUACUUUUCAAAAUUAGAAGAUUUAUUUAUUUUAAAAGAUAUUUAUGAAUCAAUUGGAAGUCAAUUAGAAUCAACACUUUCUAAAACUGAUAUUACUUUUAGUGAAUUAAAUUCGUUAUACAAUACUAUCAUAAUUAUUUUUGGUCAAUAUAUGGAAGUAAAUAAAUUAAAAGAAUUAGAAUGUAAUAAAAAGAUCUUGUUAUUUGAUACAAUCCAAUUUAAAAGUCUUGGAUAUAAAAAUAAUAUAUCAUAUAAUGACAUGUUAACUAAUAUACUCAUUGACUCUCUUAAAGAACAAAGUAAUUAUAAUUCAUGUAUUACAAGUUUAUUUGUUGAAUUAGUUCAAGGAGAUUGUUUCCAAUAUAUUGAAUAUCUUAAAUUAUUACCAUUUAAUAUUGCUUUAAAUUCUUACAAUAAAAGUGAAAAAACUAAAGAAGAAACACUUAAAGGAUUAAUUGGAACUACUCAUUACAUUUCAUUUUUAAAUACAAUUAAAUCUACUUUAUCAGAAAAGGAAAAAUCAAUUAUUAUUCAACAACAUUUUAUUUUUGUGAUUAAAGAAUUAAUGAAAGAAAGUGCAAAAGAAAGAACAUAUGGAUUUGAUUGUUUAAAUGAAAUUGGUAAACUUGCAAAAGGAUAUAAAGAAAAUAAUAUUGUAAUAGGAGGAAAUAAAGUAUUAAAAUCUGAAUAUUAUUUGAAUUAUAUUACUGCUAUACAACAAUCAAAAAUUGAAUUAACUUCAUCAAGUAAUUUUAUUACAACAUUUAAUAAUGUUUAUUUGAAUAAAAUUAAUGAAAAAUAUAGAGGGUUAUUUGUUGAUCAUGUUAUUGAUGUAAUUAAUAAAGACCAUUUAUUACCAUCACAAGAAAAAAUGAAAGUCUUAAUGUCAUUUGGAAUGAGAAGUGUUGAUAAUAUUAUUGGAACAAUGAAUAUGUUAAAUGACUCUGAUGAAUUGUAUGACAGUCAAUUUGAACAAAAAGUAUUAAGUGAAAUAAUAAAGUCAAUUGUACAAACUAAAUACGUUGGGGCAUUUGUUGGAAAUAAACAAUUAUUUGAUACAUUUAAAAAAAUUAUUCAAAUGAGUAAUGGAGAAAAUGUAGUAUUAAUUUCUUCAUUAAUGAAUGAAGAAAUGUGGGGAAUGAUGGAUGAUAUUCAUCAAGAAGAAUUCCUUAGAAUCUUAUCUGUAGAACACAAAGAUAAAAGGUCACAAGUCAUCAAUAAAUUAAAUAGAAUGCUUAAGAUAACUCCAUUUGAUUUAGUUAACAAAAUUGUUAUGAAAAUUAUAACAAUGAUCAAUACAAAGGAAUCACUUCAAAAUAAACAAUUAAAGAAAAUACCAUCUGUUGUUAUAGAAACAACACUAAAUGAAAGUAAUGACAAAAAAAUGGAAGAAGAAGUUAUUGAAAAUAAUAACCAAGGAAAAGAAGAUGAAAGUAUUAUGAAUGAAUUACAAUUUAUGGUAUUUGUUUUUGAAUCUUUCUUUAAAGUACAUAAAGGUUCAUUAAAUAAUAUUAACUUUGAAGACAAUGAAUUUAAUAAAACAUUUAGUGAGAGUAUUAAAAAUAUUUCUCAAUUAAUACAAACUACUAUUAAAUUACCACAAUGUUAUCAUACAGACUAUCUUAUUAAUAUUGAAAUGAAUAGUUUAAUAUAUACAGUUGGAUUUGUUUCAAAGUAUCUCACAUUUAUUUCUACAGCUAAACCUAUUGAACAACCAAGAAAAAAAGGAACUAUUAUUGUAAGAUCAAAACAUGAUACAUUCCAAAAUAAAAUUAAAAAAAUGACUGAAGACCUUGCAUCAAGUAUUCAAGUUUUAACGGUUAUAGAUGUUAUUUAUGAAGUUAUUGAAACAUUCGGAAUGACUCCAGCAAUUUAUAAUGGGGCUAUUACAUUAUUAUCACAAAUGAUUGCAUUAUUCCCAACAUUAUUUGUUGAACAUUCAGAUAGGUUUGUCAGAGCUUUAUCUAAAGAAGAAAUUGUUGGAAUUGUUGUACAAAAAUUAAUUCCACAUGUAAUAUCUUCUAUUAGCUCAGCACAAGGACUUCCAGCUACAUCAAUCGUUGAAUUAUUAUCAAUGAUCGUUGAUAAUUAUAAUCAAUUACCAUACCAUAGAAGAAGGGAAAUCUUUUUACAAUUAUUUAAAGAAAGUAAAUUAUCAGAAGAACAUCUUUCUGGAGUAAUAGUCUUAUUAAUAGAAAAUGAAGCAGAUAAUGUUUUACCAUUUAUUUAUGACGUUUUUAGAGAAUUAAAUAAUGACAAAGUUAUUAAAUUACUUGCUUGUAUUAUUGAAGAUGCUUGUCAAUUAUUACAAGAAAAUAGAGAAGGUAUAUUUGCUGGAUAUCAAUUAAAAAUAACAAAGAAAAAAGAAGUGGCUCAUUUGUGUAUUGAUUUUGUCAAUGGACAAAUUACUAAAAGAGAAUUUAUUGCUAAAUGUAUGAAAACUACUGAAGAUGUUAAUAUUCAACAAAAUUAUACUAUUCUUUUCAAACAAGUUAUUGAAAUGUUAAAUAAAUUUGAUUGUACUGAUGAAAAUGAUUCUAAUACUAUUGUUGCAGAUAAAUUACAUGAUAUGGUAGAUAAUAUUUCUGAUUUGUUUAGUAUAACUACACUCAUUCGUGCUGUUGUUUUCUUAUUAAAACAAUCAAGUAUUCGUGUUAAAAGAACUGCCUUACUUAUUUUAAAUCAAAAAUUAACUGCAUUAACACCAGAAGAAAUGAGUAUGUAUGAAGCAAGUUUCUUAAAUGCUGAAAAUGGACUUAUUCAUGUAGUUAUUAAAAUUCUUGAAAAUGUAGAUAAAUUAAAUCCAAGUAGUGUAGAUAAUGAUGCAGAACAAGCAACUAUUCAAACUGGAGUUUUAUUAUUAGAAAUUUUAUUAAGAUUUUAUGGAGCACAACAUAUUUCUAUAUUUAUGGACUUAUUAAAUUAUGUAUUAAAAUGUAUUCAAAUUAAAGACACUCUCAAAAACAUUAAGAUUGUUGCUUCUGCUUUAUUAUGUCUUAGUAUAUAUGCUGCUGAAUUAAAAACAUCAUUGAUGCCACAAUUACCACAAUUAAUUCCAAUGUUCUUUGACUUAUUGCCACAUGGAGGAGAUGAAGAUAGUGUGAAUAGUUUAAUUAAUUCAGUAAUAUCUUGUAUGAUGAGUUUCACUAAAUCAUAUGGAAAUAUUGUACAUCCAUAUAUUAAUUCUUUUAUUCCAUUAAUAUUAGACUCAGAAUAUACUUCAAAUCCAGUUGUUUAUCCAUUUAUUAUGGAAUUUAUGGGUGUUGUUGGUUCUUCAAUAGAAUUUAGAUUAGUUAUGUCAUUGGUAUCUUCUAAUUUUAAGAACAAAAAAUUACAAAAUGAUACUUCUCUUGCAGCUUUGUUUGGAUUAUUAUCAAAGAGCUUAAAUGAAAACCAAACAUCUAUUUCUCAAAUGAGAAUUAAAUUAUAUCAAUUCUUAUUUGAAGCAUUAAAAACAAUACCAAAGAUUUCUAGUCCAUUAAAUAUGAAACAUUGUAAUGAUGAAUUAAUUGGAGUAUUUAAUUCAUUAGUAUUAAAAUUAUCAGACGAUACAUUUAAGCCAUUCUUCUUGAAAUGUGCAGAAGGAUUUAAUGAAGUAGUUGGAAUAAGUGAAAUACCUUCAAUUUACAUAUAUACAAAGAUUAUCUUAUCAUUCUCAAAAACAUUAAAAUCUUUAUUUGUUCCAUAUUAUGCUUUUGUUCUUAAAAAUAUAUUAAGUAUUUUAAAUCAAUUGCCUUUAAGUCUUGCAAAUGCCCUUGUUCCAGAAAGAUCAACAUUAGGUAAACGUUCAGCAAAUAAUAUUAAAAAAGGAGAUAAUGCCAUUGUAUUAUUAGACUCUAUUUAUUUAAAUAUUGAAUUAUUACAAACAUUAUUCCAAAAUGAUAAUUCCAACUUUGUUGAUUCUCAAAAAGUUGAACAAUUGUUACCAACAGUUAAUUUGAUUGAUUUAAUGCAUAACUGUUAUAAAGAAGAAGAUGAUUACUUUGAUUUUAUUACUAAAAGGUUGUCUCCUUGUUUAUGUCAAUUUGCAUUAUGCGUACCUAACCAGGUUUGUUGGAAACCUUUGAACCACCAAUUAUUAAUUCAAACUCAACAUACUGACUCAAUUGUCCGUUUAGCUGCACUACAUUGUAUGAUUCAUUUGUGGGAUACUAUUGCUGCUGACAUUGUUUACUUACUCCCAGAAACUCUUCCAUAUCUCACAGAUCUUAUGGAAGACACUAACCAAGAAGUUGUUGAAGCAGCAAAAGAAUUUGCCCAAAUAGUUCAGAAACACUUAGGAGCUGAUUCUUUACAAAAGUAUUUGAAUUAA